CCUGAGCACAGAUAGUCAACCAAACUACUCAGUACCGUCUGAGUCUACAGACAUGGAAACAACUUUUCAGUCAUUUUGACUGUAAGUGAGGAGAUAGAUCACAAAACAGGAAGAGUUCUCCUCAGAACUGCUAUAAACAGUUAGGGGAAGUCCAAAUGUCAAAGGAAGACGGAUAUAAACAGAACCAAAACGCACCUCAGCAUCAAGCAGAUGGGCAUGAAGUGGAAUAAAAUCUGCACUCUAUAACAGACUCUGAAGAGCUUCAGCAACAGGAUGAGGAGAAGGAGGAAGCAGUGAGUUACACCUUGAAGCAGUUGACCAGCUUUGGAAACCAACCAUCUCUGUGGUUUGAGAUCUCACAGAAAAAAAAGAAUGGAGAGAAAUAACAGAACCACUCUGCUGUUUGGACUUUUUGCUAUGCUUCAAGUCUGCACUGUCACAAUGGACCAAAACUGUCCCAGCCACCCGGAUAAACAUCUCACCUGCUACAACGACUUCAGUCGUAACAUCACUUGUGUGUGGAACGGCAUAAAUGAGUCUGACCACACAGAUGCUGUGUGCACGCUACACGCUGUGAGGAUUGUUUCAGAAAUUUCUCGUCAGUACAGAGCUUCCUGUGUCUUAGAGCCUGUUGUCGGACAAGCGCUAAAGAAGUGCUCCCUGAUCUUCAAGAAAGAUGGCACUUUUCAAAGUUUCCAUGUGUUGUCCAUGAAUCUGAGCUGUAACCCUGCAAAGAAAAAUUACUCAAUUUCCUACAAACCAAGUUGCCAUGUAAAGCUGAAUCCUCCAAGCAAACCAGAUAUCAACAAUACUACCGUUUCCUGGCCAGUUGAGACGCAUGGAAGAAUCACAUUUUACCGCUUCGAGCUGCAGUGGAAAAAAGGGGAUGAGUCAUGGAGUGGUCCCUCUGUGAAUAUCAAGACCAAGGAGUGUAAGGAAAAUUGCCAAGCAGAGCUGGAUUUGGAUCAUCUAAUACAAGGAGAGAGGUACGAGGCACGCGUUCGAGUGCAGGCCUCUGAAAAAAGGCUAAUGUCAACCUGGAGUGAGUGGAGCCCCACUGCAUCAUGGGUGUCAUCUGUGGGAAGAACAAAAUCUCCACCACCAUCAGAUUUUGCUGGAAGUGUAUUUGGCAUAAUUGUCACAGGCACAGCAUUUGCCUUGUUUCUGGCCGUUGUACUCUUUAGGAGCCACAAAACCACCUGGGUUGACAUAGUGAAGAGGGUCAAGGGUCAGCCCAUACCAGACCCAGCAAAAUCCUUCCUGCAGAACUGGUUGAGCCCUCAAGCCGACAAAGCCUUUCAUUCCUCGAAAAUGGAGGAAAUCAUCUCCGUAGAGGUAUCCUCCACCGUGGAUGUUGUCACACUCUGCGAGUCAGAGGCGGCACUGCUUGAGAAAAUAAGGAGCGAAAGCGGCUAUGAGUCGACCAGUUCUAGCUUCUCCAACCCCAGUUACUCCCAGCUAUGUACUCCUCCUGUCUCUUUGCCCGCCAUGGCGAAUCUGGAACUCUGUGCUAACAAUGCACCUAAUGGACCUGUUGGUAGACAAGGGGAAGGUAAAACUGCAGAACAGAAUAUGGAGGAAGAAAUAAAGAAACAAAAGGAGCUCCUACAGAUGUUUUCCAAAGACAAUAGCAACAGUGAGCAAAUGCAGGUAAUUUCCAACUAUGAGAAGGUUGAGAAGCUCCAGGUCGAGCGCUUCAGGCUAGAUUCAGGUAUAUGCAGUGAGGAAGAGGUCAGUCAAGAGAGCCUGGAAGCAAAUGAGCCUGAUAGCCAUGACAAGGGGCCAGAGGGCAAAGAGCAGGAGAGAGGGGGAAGGACUGGAAUAGAAAUAGAUUUUUGGAAGCUGUCUGAAGGCAGUGGAAGUGUCUUUGGCAAAGGGUCCAUUCAGGUUUGUCCCGAUUAUGAGCGAGUCCAGCAGCUGCAACCUGGCAGCCCUGAGCUUCCUAGCAUGGAUUCAGGGGUUAGCAGUGGAGGUGAGGAGCAGUUGAGUCACGAGGAGAGCCUGGAGGACACUGAUAAGUCCAGCGAAUCCUCAAGCUUUCUGUUUCCUCCUCCUCUUCCCUGUACUUUGCCAUGCUCCAUGACUUUUUUCCCACAUCUGCCUUUGAAGUUCUCUGGAACAGGUUUGAGUCCAGCUGUGCAACCUCCAUUUUCAAGUCAGUUAUUGGGGGGGCUUGCUCUGACAUCAGUGUCCAGAUCAAUGGAACCCUCUGGUGAUGGAUAUAUGCCAGUGAGACAGGAAGAGAGUUAAAAAUAGACCAUGUCUAAAUCAGUUUUUUAUAUUUCAGUGUUGCCACCAAUUUAGCAGGAACAAGAGGAUUGUAGCUGAUGUUGUAUCUGAUGCUCUUCUCCUAUUUUGCUGGUGCAUUGGUACAAUACCCACACUGGCUGUCUGUCAGUGCAGUCUAUAGUCAACAGUGUUGUUUUAUUGAGUCUCUAUCUAUGCUUAUGGCUUGUGUGUGUUUGAUUUCUCUGCCAGUGCAACAAGACCCAGUCACACCUCUAUCAUAUAUUCCAUAAGAGAGACUGGGUCACUGAGUAACUUUUACUGAUUUAUAUUCGUAUGGCAGCUAUAUGUUGUGUAAGUUGUAAUGGACGUAUAUGUUUUUGACCUCUUUUUUUUUUAAUCAUUAAAAAAAUCAUCAGCCA